GUCCUACCUCGCCUAGUCGCUCCUCUGAACCUUUCCUUCCCUCGGGCCCAGGUCUCACACUAUUCCCACGAGCGCUAGCUUCAGCGACGGGAAGCCUCGAGGGACAUGGCGACUCAGGCGGCGCCGGCCAGCGGCGUCCGAAAUGGUGCUGGCCCGGAAUGGGGAGGCUUCGAAGAAAACAUCCAGGGUGGGGGCUCGGCUGUGAUUGAUAUGGAGAACAUGGACGAUACCUCAGGCUCCAGCUUCGAGGACAUGGGUGAACUACAUCAGCGCCUGCGUGAGGAAGAGGUAGAUGCUGAUGCAGCUGCUGCAGAAGAAGAGGACGGGGAGUUUCUCGGCAUGAAAGGCUUUAAGGGACAACUGAGCCGGCAGGUAGCAGAUCAGAUGUGGCAGGCAGGGAAGAGACAAGCUUCAAAGGCCUUCAGUUUGUAUGCCAAUAUCGACAUCCUGAGACCCUACUUUGAUGUGGAGCCUGCCCAGGUCCGAAGCAGGCUCCUGGAGUCCAUGAUCCCUAUCAAGAUGGUCAACUUCCCCCAGAAAGUUGCCGGCGAGCUCUACGGACCUCUCAUGCUGGUCUUCACGCUGGUUGCCAUCCUUCUGCAUGGGAUGAAGACUUCUGACACUAUCAUCCGGGAGGGCACCCUCAUGGGCACAGCCAUAGGCACCUGCUUCGGAUACUGGCUGGGUGUCUCGUCCUUCAUUUACUUCCUUGCCUACCUGUGUAAUGCCCAGAUCACCAUGCUCCAGAUGUUGGCGCUGCUGGGCUACGGCCUCUUCGGGCACUGUAUAGUCCUGUUCAUCACCUAUAACAUCCACCUUCAUGCCCUCUUCUACCUCUUCUGGCUGCUGUUGGGUGGGCUCUCCACCCUGCGCAUGGUGGCAGUGUUGGUGUCACGGACUGUGGGCCCUACCCAGCGGCUGCUGCUCUGUGGCACACUGGCUGCCCUGCACAUGCUCUUCCUGCUCUAUCUGCAUUUCGCCUACCACAAGGUGGUCGAGGGGAUCCUGGACACCCUGGAGGGCCCCAACAUCCCACCCAUGCAGAGGGUCCCCAGAGACAUCCCAGCUGUGCUCCCUGCUGCCAAGCUUCCUGUCGCUGUGGUCAAUGCCACCGCCAAGGCCAUAGCAGUGACCCUGCAGUCACACUGACCCUCUCUGCAGUCCUUGGCCUGCCCUGACCCCCCAGCUCUGGGGCAAAAGAUUAGCGGACAGUGCUGAGGAUGUGGCUCUGCUGGGGUCUGCAACCGCCAAGCUGUUGCCUAAACAGCUGGGCGCCAGGCGUGGCUUCUGAGGGGCUCAAGGCCAGGAACUCAUGACUAGGACUGCAAGUGUCUGCAGCCAAGUGCAGGAUGUGUGUCAGCUCUUCUGGGCCUCACCACCUACCCCUUUCUCUCCCUUCCCUCCUGUCUUGCUAAAUAUAGACUUGGUAAUUAAAAUACUGAUGAGGUCUGGACCUGCAGCUCCUGCCCCAGCCAGUCUCCUGCCCCCCAUUCUGAUGCCCGUCUCUGUUCCGGAGCCGUGGCAGUGCCGCAUGCCUUCUGUGCCCUCACACCCAGGAUGAGGGCAGGAUAAGCAGACAGAGGGCAUGAACAGCCGAUUGCAGAAGCUGUCCCCAGAGCGGCACAGGCCCAAGCAUAAGAGCCCAUGGUCCUCGUGGCCAUGCACCCAGGCCUAAGUCCCCAGGCUGCUGUCCUUUUGAGAAGCCAAGGCAACAGUGACAGAUCUCCACUUACAAGGACCUUCCACACCUGGGCCAUCGUGGAAGAAUGUCCCCAUCGAGCGGACAUUUGAAGCCAAGCGUGGUCUACGAGGCUUUAGUUUCCUAAAGGUUUUUCCAAGUGUUAACAGCCACUCCCCUUUAACCUCCACUGAAGAAAAUUCAGGCCGAGUGUGGUGCAUUCCUCGUAAUCCCAGCACUCGGGUGCAUAGGGAGGCGGAUCUUCAAGGCCAACCUAAUCAACAGAGUUCCAAGCCAGUUAGGGCUACACAGUGAGACCCUAUUUCAACAAAAUGUAAGUUCAGGAUGCUGGAGAGCCUGCUCAGUGGUUAAACAGACACUGCUCUUCGAGGGGGAAUGGACUUCAGUUCCCAGCACCCAUGAAUGUCUCACAAUUGCUUUGAACUUCAGCUCCAGGUGCUCCAAGGACCUCUGAGGGACCUGUGUGCUCACUGCGCAGGCACAGGCACAAACACAGUUAAAGUAAGAUCUAGGGGCUGGAGAGAUGGCUCUGCUUAAGCGUGUACUGCCAUUGCAAAAGGAUUCAGUAGCUCAGUUCUCAGCAUCCAUGUUUGGGUCAGAUCUCUCAUACCUUUAGCGCCAUCUUCUGGCUACUAGAGGCACCUGCAAACCUGUUAAUAUUUUAAGUAAAACGUAGUUAACAGAA